AUGGUGUGUGAACGAAACAUACGACCAAGUACGAAACGAGUGCGGAGUUCCGAUCCGUGGUUCUGCUCUCCUGCGAGGGAAGCAGCUGGAGACGAACGAAGCAUGAGGACGGAGGAAGCGGACACACCGCCAGGGGUAGAAACAACCUACACGGAGAAGGGGAUAUGGCAGAUUUACCCCCAGGGGGAUUUGCAAAGAGCAAAAGAGACCACAGAGAGCCCCCCCACACACAUGUACCCGCUGAUCAAAACGGCGUAUGUGUAUGAGGAUGAGGGUGACAAUUGUCCCCAACUUAUUACUAAAGGGGUCCCAUUUACUGCAACUGAACUAGCAAAGCUGAGAAAGGACUUUGCGAGGACUACAAAGGAAUCAGGAGACCGAGUACAUGCAGAGAGUGUCUUUAUCGGGGGGGGGAUGGAUGGGAUCUUACUGUCAGAAAAGGAGGCGGAAGGGUAUUGGAGUCCGGGUGUGUUUUUAACUACGGGCAAUUGUCGAGCCCCAUGGUCGUUGACCCAGAGAGCUGCGCACUGGGGGGGCUUGAGCCCCCUGGAAAGGGGAGACCCCUUAGCUAUAAUGGGCACGGUAGACCAAUUAGUAGAGAGUGUGCAAAAGGUGGCGUGCCUUCAGAUGAUGUGUGACUGGGAGCUCAAGCCCAACCUGGGCUCCCCAAUGUUAAUGCCUGUAGACCUGGAGAGAAUGACUGCCCUGAUACGGGGACUUCCCGACUCCCUGAAACCGACUGGGAUCCAAUUGCAAGGGAGGAUUUAUAACACCCCCGGUGAAGAAAGGAUUGCAGCUGCUGGGGAGGGGAUAACGACCCCUGACUACCAGAGGCCAGGGAAGAAAGUAUGGACAUGGGGGGAGGUAGCUCAGGAGUUAAUUGAUUUCAGGAGGAAAUACGGCCCUGUUAGUGGACCACCCCAAAGAACCAAGACCAGCGCUGGGCGAGUUAGUGGGUGGCAGUCAUCCCUUGGGAGUGGCCGGGACCCGACCGGGAAAGAAAGACCCCUGAGUCGUCAGGGACUGUGGCAGGUGGGGCUCCAGAAAGGCGUUCCCCGAGAUUUAAUGGACGGGCUCCCAACCAAGAAAUUAGAGCAGCUCAUGCGGAGAUGGUCAGAGCAAAGGGCCAUUUUGAGGCCAACUCCUAGCACCCCACCCCUGAUAAACUUUGGGGAGAAACCAGCCAGGGGAAGAAAAGGUGGUGGAAAACUAAAACCUCCGCCCCCUGAACGUGAGUGGGAGGGUGGAGGGUGGAUGUUCGUAAGACAACUCACCUGCAAUGCAAAGGGAGACUUGCUGCUUACGGUAGCAGUAGGACCAAAGAAAAGACCGGUAACCUUUUUAAUCAACACGGGGGCGCAUAUUACUGCGCUGAGGUGA